UAACAGUGUGCUGUUAGGCGCACGAAUCCCUGGCCAGCAAAAACAAACUGCAAAAACAAUAAUCCCCGGAGUUUUCCAUCUGAACGCAAAAUAAUACACACCAAAACACAGCAAAAUGCAGAAGUACGAUAAAAUGGAGAAGAUCGGGGAGGGCACCUACGGCACGGUGUUCAAGGGUCGCAACCGCGACACCAUGGAAAUAGUGGCCCUGAAACGGGUGCGACUGGACGAGGACGACGAGGGUGUGCCCAGUUCUGCCCUCCGGGAGAUCUGCCUGCUGAAGGAGCUGAAGCACAAGAACAUUGUGCGCCUCAUAGACGUCCUGCACUCGGACAAGAAACUCACCCUGGUCUUCGAGCACUGCGACCAGGACCUCAAGAAGUACUUUGACAGCCUCAACGGGGAGAUCGACAUGGCCGUCUGCAGGAGCUUUAUGCUCCAACUGCUCCGCGGACUGGCAUUCUGCCACAGCCAUAAUGUCCUGCAUCGCGAUCUGAAACCACAGAACCUGCUGAUCAACAAAAACGGCGAGCUAAAGCUAGCUGACUUUGGUCUCGCUAGAGCCUUUGGCAUUCCCGUGAAGUGCUACUCCGCAGAAGUGGUGACCCUGUGGUACCGACCACCCGAUGUCCUAUUUGGAGCCAAGCUCUAUACGACCAGCAUAGACAUGUGGUCCGCUGGAUGCAUUUUGGCCGAACUGGCGGACGCUGGACGACCGCUGUUUCCUGGCUCUGACGUGCUCGAUCAGCUGAUGAAGAUCUUCCGUGUGCUGGGCACCCCCAACGAGGACUCCUGGCCAGGAGUUUCGCACCUCUCCGACUACGUGGCGCUUCCAUCUUUUCCGGCCAUCACCUCGUGGAGUCAGCUGGUACCUAGGCUAAACUCCAAGGGACGCGACCUGCUGCAAAAGCUGCUCAUCUGCCGGCCAAAUCAGCGAAUUAGCGCGGAGGCGGCGAUGCAGCAUCCCUACUUUACGGACAGCAGCUCUUCGGGACAUUGAGGUCGGAAGGUUCUUUCCAAGCCACUGUUUUCACGACCUUUGAUUAGACUUAAGCCAAAAUGCGAGACUUUGUCCAGCAAAGAUCUUUUAAUUAUAUAUGUAUGUCCUUGCAGUAGAGUUCGAUUAUAGUAUAAGAUAAAAAGUUCUUUAUAAUUUCAUUAGUUUGAUUUACCAAAGCAAAAGGUUUGAUUUAUGACAAUCCCUACCAAUGUGACACUUAAUAUAGCCAUUUGAGCUGCCAAAUUAACAUUUAUCGAUAAAAUACUUAUUGAUUCAGUAAAAUAGUUUUAUUCUUAAAAAUUUUUAUGUUGAGUGUAUCGUUAAGAUCCGAAAAUUGUUCAAAUUCCUAGACGAUAUCUACUGUUUGUGUGAAUGUGGAAAAAAUAUUUGAAAUCCUAGUUUCUGUUUUCAAAGACUAAAAACUAGGCAAUACAUCUGGUUUCCAAAUUUAAUGAGUGUCGACGAUUUUCUUAUUACAUUUAUUGUGUAUUUUUAAGAAUUUCGAUCUUUCUGAAUGAUAUGAGUCAUUAAGUAAAUUAGAAUAAAAAAAAUUGAGAUGUAACCUAGAUUUUUAAACCAAUAAAGACACUUACCGCAGCACUAC